AUGGCCAACGAACAAAAAGGGAGUUCAACAACCUCCAUCCUCUCCCUUCCGACCGAGGUGCUAUCCGAGGUGCUUGCACGUAUCGCAUCUUGUUCAUCCACUGAUCUUUUCCGGGCAAAACUAUGCUGUAAAUUGUUUUACGAAGUUUCGGACGCAGACAACAUUUACCACCGGGUGUCACUCGACAAGUUUGAAAUCGUUCCGUGGUCAAAAAAUGACCAAGUGUCGAGGUUCUUGAAGAAGUGUAGAGAAAGCAAAAAUCCAGAAGCCUUGUAUCGAAAAGGAGUGGUUGAUUAUUUUACGGACAAGCAUGAGGGCUCAGCAUUAGAAUGCCUGGAAGAAGCUGCCAAUUCAGGCCAUGCCGAUGUUGCAUAUGCGUUGGGAAUAAUUUACAUCUUUGUUGGUGGGGACGAGUUAAAGCGCAAAGGUAUGCGACUGCUGAGCGGGUUGAAGAAAUCCAGAAUUCUGAAAGCCAGAAAGUAA